CAAAACCCUUCUUCUUUCUUCCACCUUCAUUUCCCAAAUUGCUAGGGUUUAAGCAUUUUCACCUCUCUCUCAGUCAGAGUCUCACAGCCAUGUCAUUCUACCGCCUGCUCCUCCGCUCUCUCCGCCGCCCUUCUACCCCAACAACCCUACCCCUAACCCAAUCCCUCACCUCCCUCCACCUCCACAACCCCAACCCAAACAUUCCUCUCCAUCUCACCACCCCCACGCGCACCUUCGCUUUCUCCUCCGCCGAAGAAGCCGCUGCUGAGCGCAGACGUCGCAAGCGCCGCCUCCGCAUCGAGCCCCCGCUCAACGCCCUCCGUCGGGACUCACGCCCCCCUCCCCCACGGGACCCGAACGCUCCCCGCCUACCUGAUACCACCUCCGCCCUCGUCGGCCCCCGCCUCAACCUCCACAACCGCGUCCAGUCGCUCAUCCGAGCCGGAGACUUGGACGCAGCCUCCGAGGUUGCGCGCCACUCGGUUUUCUCCAACACUCGCCCCACCGUCUUCACCUGCAACGCCAUUGUGGCUGCAAUGUAUCGCGCCAAGAGGUACAAUGACGCUAUUGCCCUUUUCCACUUCUUCUUCAAUCAAUCAAACAUUGUUCCUAACAUUGUAUCUUAUAAUAAUUUGAUUAAUACUCAUUGCGAUGAGGGCCGUGUCGAUGUGGGACUGGAGAUUUAUCGGCAUAUAAUUGCAAAUUGCCCCUACAGUCCCUCGCCAGUGACAUACCGGCAUUUGACUAAAGGGUUGGUUGAUGCUGGGAGGAUAGGUGAGGGUGUGGACUUGUUGAGGGAGAUGUUGAAUAAGGGCCACGGAGCGGAUUCUUUGGUUUUUAAUAAUUUGAUUAAGGGGUUCUUACAUUUGGAGAAUAUGGAGAAGGCUGUUGAGCUUUUUGAUGAGCUUAAAGAGAGAUGUUUGGUUUAUGAUGGGGUUGUGAAUUCAACCUUUAUGGAUUGGUUUUUCAACCAGGGGAAAGAGAAGGAGGCGAUGGAGUCAUACAAGUCCUUGCUUGAUAGGCAGUUUAGGAUGGUCCCGGCAACUUGUAAUGUUCUCUUGGAGGUACUGCUUAAGCAUGGGAAGAAGAAGGAAGCCUUGGAUUUGUUCGAUCAGAUGUUGGAUAAUCACACCCCACCAAAUUUCCAGGCUGUGAAUUCGGAAACAUUUAACAUUAUGGUUAACGAGUGUUUUAAGCUUGGAAAGUGCGAUGAGGUAAUUGCCACCUUUAAGAAGGUGGGGACAAAGGUGAAUUCAAAGCCGUUUUCUAUGGACGUUGCAGGGUAUAACAAUAUCAUUGCUAGGUAUUGUGAGAAUGGGAUGUUAGCGGAGGCUGAGACACUGUUUGCAGAAUUGUGCUCAAAGUCAUUGACCCCAGAUGUCACGACUCAUAGGACUCUGAUUGAUGCAUAUUUGAAAGUAGAGAGGAUAGAUGAUGCUCUUAAGAUAUUUAGCAGGAUGGUGGAGGUUGGUCUGCGAGUGGUUGCUAGUCUUGGUAAUAGGGUGUUCGAUGAAUUGAUUAAGAACGGGAAGGCAGUAGACUGUGCACAGAUUUUGAAGAAAAUGGGAGAAAAAGAUCCAAAACCAGAUGCCAGUUUUUAUGAUGCUGUGAUCAAGGGGGUUUGCAAUGAAGGUGUGCUUGAUACAGGCCGUGAUUUACUGGAAGAGAUGGUGAGAUAUGGCAUUGGUGUUCCUCCAGAAUUGCAGCAAUUUGUAAAUGAGGUUUUUGGAGAAGCUGGGCGUGGCGAAGAGAUUCAGAGAGUAUUAAAUACGAAUAGGUGGGGAUAUCGAUCACUACCUAGAGAGGCACCACCUCAGCAAUUCCAACCAAGAUCGCCUCAAAUGGCGGGACAAUAUCGUCCAUCGUCGGCACCGCCCCAAAUGACUGGACAAUAUCAGCCGCCAUCUGGACCCUAUCAGUCACCAUCUGGAACCAAUCAGCCACCUUCUGGACCCUAUCAGCCACCAUCUGGAACCUAUCAGCCGCCUUCUGGACCCUAUCAGCAACCAUCUGGAACCUAUCAGCCACCAUCUGCAACCUAUCAGCCGCCAUCUGGACCUAUCAGCCACCAUCUGGAACCAUCAUCCCCUCUGGACCCUAUCAGCCGCCUUCUGGACCCUAUCUGGACCCUAUCAGCCACCAUCUGGAACCAAUCAGCCACCUUCCGGAACCUAUCAGCCGCCAUGGGGAACCUAUCAGCCACCAUCCGGAACCUGUAA